AUGUCCGUGGUGAGCGUCCGCAAGUCAGAGGUCCGGUGGGGCCAGAAGGUGACCGUCCGCUGCCGCUUGCCGCCUUCCUUGAUCGAGAACCGGCCCAUGCAGCCUUCAAAGACCAAGCUCGCGGCUAAACUGAUAGUUUUGGAUGCGGAGCACUGCGUGGAAAGCGAGAUCCAGCCGGAGCAGGUUGUGGCAAGGAGGAAGCUGAGUUCCAAGUUCCAAUGUGCGCCGGAAGUCAAGAUGAAGGUGACAACUCGAGUUCAGAAGGCCAAAGUCCAUUUCACUCCGCGUGUGUGCUUCGAAGAUGACGACGGAGUUUGGAGGGGCACGGCCCUGGUAUGCCUGGUGGUGAUGAACUCCAUCCUUGGCAGAGGAUAUUGGAUCCUGGCAGGAUUUGCCAGGAUUCGUGUCAUCGUGAAAGAUGUGGCAGCUUUGUCAAUAUUGCUGAACACAAUCCUUCUGACUCCAGUCUUCCCUGUCACCUCGUCAGCCUCCCUUCCUAUCAUCAUCCCAACGAUGAGCUGUUUUUGUCCAUACGUGCGCGUUGUCGCAGCUGGCAGUGGACACUUCGCGCGUCGGGACACGGAAUCUAAGGUGAGGGGGAUGCUUCACGAGAUGCCGGAUUCCAGCUACAGCUUGACUGAGCAGGAGUCAAUCCUGCCAAGAUCACAGUCCCUCGGAGCACACUUCGCCGAGAAAUUGCUGCGAGCAAACUGGCCAGGUGAUGCGAGUUGGGUUCACACGAUGCAGUAUGCAAGCUACAGCUUGACAGUGCUGGAAUCAACCCUGCCGCCAUCACGGUUGUUCGGGGCACGCUAUCCUGAUAACCUGCUACAAGCAGACUGGCCAAGUGAUGCGAGUUGGGUUCACGAGAUGCAGUAUGCGAGCUACAGCUUGACAGCGCUGGAAUCAACCCUGCCGCCAUCACGGUUGCUCGGGGCAUGCUAUCCUGACAAGCUGCUGCAAGCAGACUGGCCAAGUGAUGCGAGUUGGGUUCACCAAAUGCUGGAUUCCGGCAACAGUUUGACUGUGCUGGAAUUCACCCUGCCAGCAUCACGCCUGUUCGGGGCACGUUAUCCUGACAAGCUCCUGCGAACAGACUGGCCAAGUGAUGCGAGCUGGGUGCACGAGAUUCUAGAUUCGACAUGCAGCUUGACUGUGCAGGAGCCAACCCUGCCGGCAUCACGGUUGCUUGGGGCAUACUACCCUGAAGCUUUUGCACGAGCAGACUGGCCCAGUGAUGCGAGUUGGGUUCACGAGAUGCUUGAUUUUACUGGCAGUUUGACUGUGGAGGAGGUAGCCUUGCCACGACCACGGAUGCUCGAGGCACGCUAUCCUGACAAGCUGCUGCGAACAGACUGGCCAAGUGAUGCGAGUUGGGUUCACGAGAUGCUGGAUUCCGGCAACAGUUUGACUGUGCUGGAAUUCACCCUGCCAGCAUCACGGUUGUUCGGGGCACGUUAUCCUGACAAGCUGCUGCGAAGAGACUGGCCAAGGGAUGCGAGUUGGGCUGACGAGAUUCAAGAUUCCACAUGCAGCUUGACUGUGCAGGAGCCAACCCUGCCGGCAUCACGGUUGCUUGGGGCAUACUACCCUGAAGCUUUUGCACGAGCAGACUGGCCCAGUGAUGCGAGUUGGGUUCACGAGAUGCUUGAUUUCACUAGCAGUUUGACUGUGGAGGAGGUAGCCUUGCCACGACCACGGAUGCUCGAGGCACGCUAUCCUGACAAGCUGCUGCGAACAGACUGGCCAAGUGAUGCGAGUUGGGUUCACGAGAUGCUGGAUUCCGGCAACAGUUUGACUGUGCUGGAAUUCACACUGCCAGCAUCACGGUUGUCCGGGGCACGUUAUCCUGACAAGCUGCUGCGAAGAGACUGGCCAAGGGAUGUGAGUUGGGCUGACGAGAUUCAAGAUUCCACAUGCAGCUUGACUGUGCAGGAGCCAACCCUGCCGGCAUCACGGUUGCUUGGGGCAUACUACCCUGAAGCUUUUGCACGAGCAGACUGGCCCAGUGAUGCGAGUUGGGUUCACGAGAUGCUUGAUUUCACUAGCAGUUUGACUGUGGAGGAGGUAGCCUUGCCACGGCCACGGUUGCUCGAGGCACGCUCAACUGAAAGGUUGCUGCGAUCAGACUGGCUAGUUGAUGUGAGUUGGAUUCACGAGAUGCUGGAUUCCACCUGCAGCUUGACAGUACAGGAGACAACCAUGCCACGAUUACGAUUGCUCGAUGCACACAGUUCUGAUAUGCCGCUGCUUGCAGACUGGUCGAUUGAGAUUUGCAUUCACGAGAUGAUGGAUUCUGGCAAAAGUUUGACUGUCCUGGAAUCCACCCUGCCAGCAUCACGGUUGCUCGGGGCACGCUAUCCUGACAAGCUGCUACAAGCAGAAUGGCCAAGUGAUGCGAGUUGGGUUCACGAGAUGCAGCAUGCGAGCUACAGCUUGACAGUGCUGGAAUCAACCCUGCCGUCAUCACGGUUGCUGGGGGCAGGCUAUCCUGACAAGCUUCUGCAAGCAGACUGGCCAAGUGAUGCGAGUUGGGUUCACGAGAUGCUGGAUUCCGGCAACAGUUUGACUGUGCUGGAAUCAAUACUGCCAGCAUCACGGUUGUUCGGGGCGCGCUAUUCUGCCAAGCUGCUGCAAGCAGAGUGGCCGAGUGAUGCGAGUUGGGUUCAAGAGAUGCUGGAUUCCGGCAACAGUUUGACUGUGCUGGAAUCCACCCUGCCGCCAUCACGGUUGCUCGGGGCACGCUAUCCUGACAAGCUGCUACAAGCAGACUGGCCCAGAGAUGCCAGUUGGGUUCACGAGAUGCUGGAUUUCAGCUGCAGCGUGACAGUGCAGGAGUUAACCUUUCCACCAUCGCAGUUGCUCGGAGCACACUGUACCGAAAAGUUGCUUCGAGCGUUCUGGCCGAGAGAUGCAAGUUGGGUUCACGAGAUGCUGGAUUCCACUCACAGCCUGACUGUGCAGCAGUCAACUCUGACACCACCACGCUUGCUCGGGGCACAAUAUUCUGACAAGCUGCUGCGAGCAGACUGGCCCAGUGAUGCGAGCUGGGUUCACGAGAUUCUAGAUUCCACAUGCAGCUUGACUGUGCAGGAACCAACCCUGCCAGCAUCACGGUUGCUCUGGGUAUAUUGUUUUGAAAGAGUGCUGCGAGAAGCUUGGCCGAGAGAUGCGAGUUGGGUUCACGAGAUGCUGGAUUCCAGCUGCAGCUUGACAGUGCAGGAGUCAACCCGUUUAUCAUUACGCUUGCCGGGGGCGGCCCAUCCCGACAAGCUGCUGCGAGCAGACCGGCCAAGUGAUACUAAGUGGGUUCGCGAGAUGCAGGAUUCCAGCUACAAUCCCACCCGACCGGAAUCAAUCCCGCCACCAGGGGCGGCCCAGCCCGACAAGCUGUUGCGAGCAGACUGGCUAAGUGAAACCAGUUGGUUUCACGAGAUGUUGGAUUCCACCUGCAGCUUGAUGGUGCUGGAAUCGACAUCCAGCUUAACGGUUCUGACGCGGAAGGUUUCCUCAUCGAGAUCGUUGAUCACAUGGCGCACUGAACUGCUGUCGCAAGACUGGCCAAGCGACAGCUCCAUUCAUGGGAUGCUGGAUUUGGCACACAGCUUUACAGCAAUACAGCCAACGCUGCCGGGCUUCCGGAAAUUGGCACCAGGGUUCAGCCAGCCCCUCUUGAACAGUGCGAUGUCCGGAACCGUUCUCGCUCGAUGUCGAGCAGAUGGAGAAGAUCUCAAAGUCUCCUUCAUGUGUAGCCGCUGGCUUCCUUAUGGUGCAUCGGCCUAUCCUUCUUGGUACGUCGACUUGUACAAACUCGCCACCAGCCAGGGCCGCAGGGGUAUUUUGCAGCAGAGUUCGGGUGUUUGUGUGGCGGACCAGGUAUCCCGGUCUCUAAGCAUGAACGUUGGCUUUGGAGCCUUCCUGAGACGGCCGGCAAAGGCUAGUGCCGGUGAUGAUACAGAUGGCGAUGGCGGUCUUGCUAUGGAACUGCUGGUGAAUGACAGCCUUGUGAGAAGAGCAGCAUUUCCCACACAAAUCAAGAUGCUUGCACCGCUGCUUGACGUUCAGUACAUGGAAUGCACCGUUAUGUCCGUGGUAAGUGUCCGCGAGUCAGAGGUCCGGUGGGGCCAGAAGGUGACCGUCCACUGCCGCUUGCCUCCUUCCUUGAUCGAAAAACAGCCCAUGCAGCCUUCCACGACCAAGUUCGCUGCUAAGCUGGCAGUCCUGGACGCAGAGCACUGCAUUCAAAGCCGGAUCCAGCCCGAGCAGGUUGUGGUGAGGAGGAAGCUAACUUCCAAGUUCCGAUGUGCGCCGGAAGUCAAGAUGAAGGUGACAACUCGAGUUCAGAAGGCCAAAGUCCAGCUCACUCCGAACGUGUAUUUCGAAUAUGACGACGGAACUUCGAGGGGCACAGCCCUGGUAUGCCUGGUGGUGAUGAACUCCAUCCUUGGCAGGAGAUAUUGGAUCCUAGCAGGAUUUGCGAAGAUUCGUGUCAUCGUGAAAGAUGUGGCGAGGAUGCUUCAGGAGAUGCCGGAUUCCAGCAGAAGCUUGACCGUGCAGGAGUCAACCCUGCCAGCAUCACGGUUGCUCGGGGCACGUUAUCCUGACAAGAUGCUGCGAACAGACUGGCCAAGUGAUGCGAGUUGGGUUCGCGAGAUGCUGGAUUGCACCUGCAGCUUGACGGUGCUGGAAUCAACCCUGCCAGCAUCACGAUUGUUCGGGGCACGUUAUCCUGACAAGAUGCUGCGAACAGACUGGCCAAGUGAUGCGAGUUGGGUUCACGAGAUGCUGGAUUCCACCUGCAGCUUGACGGUGCUGGAAUCAACCCUGCCAGCAUCACGAUUGUUCGGGGCACGUUAUCCUGACAAGCUGCUGCGAACAGACUGGCCAAGUGAUGCGAGUUGGGUUCACGAGAUGCUGGAUUCCACCUGCAGCUUGACGGUGCUGGAAUCAACCCUGCCAGCAUCACGGUUGCUCGGGGCACGUUAUCCUGACAAGCUGCUGCGAACAGACUGGCCAAGUGAUGCGAGUUGGGUUCACGAGAUGCUGGAUUCCACCUGCAGCUUGACGGUGCUGGAAUCAACCCUGCCAGCAUCACGGUUGCUCGGGGCACGUUAUCCUGACAAGCUGCUGCGAACAGACUGGCCAGGUGAUGCGAGUUGGGUUCGCGAGAUGCAGGAUUUUACCACUGCACCAGAAUCAACCCCCAGUCACGACCCGGACAAGCUGCUGCGAGCAGACCGGCCAAGUGGUGCCAGCCACAGCCCCACUGGACCAGAAUCAACACCCCGUCACGACCCGGACAAGCUGCCAGACCGGCCAAGUGGUGCCAGGCGGGUUCGCAAGAUGCAGGAUGCCAGGCACAGCCCCACUGCACCAGAAUCAACACCCCGUCACGACCCGGACAAGCUGCUGCGAGCAGACCGGCCAAGUGGUGCCAGGCGGGUUCGCAAGAUGCAGGAUGCCAGCCACAGCCCCACUGCACCAGAAUCAACACCCCGUCACGACCCGGACAAGCUGCUGCGAGCAGACCGGCCAAGUGAUGCUAAGUGGGUUCGCGAGAUGCAGGAUUCCAGCUACAGUCCCGCGGCAUCAGAAUCAACCCCACCACCACGACGCUCGCCGGGGGCGGCCCAUCCCGACAAGCUGCUGCGAGCAGACCGGCCAAGUGAUACUAAGUGGGUUCGCGAGAUGCAGGAUUCCAGCUACAAUCCCACCCGACCGGAAUCAAUCCCGCCACCAGGGGCGGCCCAGCCCGACAAGCUGUUGCGAGCAGACUGGCUAAGUGAAACCAGUUGGUUUCACGAGAUGUUGGAUUCCACCUGCAGCUUGAUGGUGCUGGAAUCGACAUCCAGCUUAACGGUUCUGACGCGGAAGGUUUCCUCAUCGAGAUCGUUGAUCACAUGGCGCACUGAACUGCUGUCGCAAGACUGGCCAAGCGACAGCUCCAUUCAUGGGAUGCUGGAUUUGGCACACAGCUUUACAGCAAUACAGCCAACGCUGCCGGGCUUCCGGAAAUUGGCACCAGGGUUCAGCCAGCCCCUCUUGAACAGUUCUUGGGAUAGGGAGAAGGCUCUCCACUGUUGUUCAUGCUGCUGGGAAGUGCGAUGUCCGGAGCCGUUCUCGCUCGAUGUCGAGCAGAUGGAGAAGAUCUCAAAGUCUCCUUCGUGCUGCUGCAUAGCGCUUCUCUUCCUGGUCUUGCUUGCUGUGGCUGUCGUCCUGACCAUCUUCUAUGCGUCUGGGAGCAGAUGA